AUUAAUACAUUUGAAAAUGUUUAGUCAAUUAAUUUGUAUUUAUCUCUAUAUUAUAUUUUAUGUUGUGAGCGCUCGUCGGGAAUGUAUUGUAGAGCGGGUGCCAAAUGCCGACACAGUAUGUGUCUGUAACUCAACAUAUUGUGAUGACUUCCCGCCACUGCAGACACCAAAACACGGUUUUGUAAACGUCUUCGAGAGUAAUAAAAUUGGCGAUCGGUUUAAACAAUCAGAACUUAAGUUUAAUAGUAUUGGCCUUAAGUUUGGAUCACUAAACACUGUUAACAUUACAAUCAACAAAACUAUUAAAUACCAGUCAAUCAUUGGUUUCGGUGCAGCCUUUACUGACAGUACGGGACAGUUGUUUAAAAGUGUCAACAAAUCAUUAGCUAAUCUAAUAAUUGACAGCUACUUCUCCGAUGAUGGUAUUGAGUAUUCAAUUGGUCGCAUACCGAUAGCCGGCACCGACUACUCGGAUCGUCCGUAUAGUUAUGAUGACACCGACGAAGAUCUAGAGCUUAAACACUUUGCUCUACAAAAAGAUGACAUUGAAUUCAAGAUACCGUUUAUUAAGAGAGCCCUAUCUGUUAGUCCAUAUAAACUCAAAUUGCUUGGUAGUCCGUGGAGUCCGCCUUCUUGGAUGAAAACUAACCAUAAGUUUAACGAAAGCGGAUCUCUUAGAGGUGAUGUCGGCGGACAAUACUAUCAGUCAUUUGCCAAAUAUAUUGUUAAAUUUUUAGAAGCAUAUAAAGAGCAUGACAUUCAUUUAUGGGGAAUUACAGUCGAAAAUGAACCAAUUCAGGGCUCAACUAACCCUAAGCAUCCGUUUAACUGUUUAAACCUAACGGCACAAAAUGAAAGGGAUUUUGUAAAACUUAAUUUAGGUCCGACUCUUGAAACGGCUGGUUAUGGCAAAGACAGUGGUUUUCAAUUAAUGAUUUACGACGACGACAGCGAUCACAUACAAGACUUUGUAUCAACAAUAUUGAGUGACACUAAAGCGGCUAAAUAUGUUUCGGGUAUAGGAUAUCAUUGGUACGCUAAUCUAAAAUACCCGAAUGGCUUUCCCGAGUUUAUCAUUGGCGAUCUUUAUAGAAAAUAUGGCAAAAAUUAUUUUUUGCUAAAUACUGAGGCCUGUCAUUUGGAUGGUCCGAGUUUGGGCCGUUGGGAUCACGCAGAAAGAUAUGCCAAUGAUAUCAUUAGAUCUCUCAAUAAUUAUGUGAACGGUUGGGUUGAAUGGAACCUGGCAUUGGACAUGGAUGGUGGUCCCAGGUGGAAUGACAAACAGGGUUAUGGAGGCACUAUAAAUAUAGACAGCAAAAUAGGUGUGGCAUACAAACAACCAUCGUUUUAUGCUUUGGGACACUUUAGCAAAUUUAUAUCACCCGAAUCCAUACGUAUUGAACAUACAAUUGAUAAAUCAGUUGACAAUUUUGUUGUCGUAACUUUGGUCAGACCUGACAACAGGACAGUACUCGUGGCACUCAAUGCUGGCAACGAUGACAUUGUCUUAAAUAUUAAAGAGUCGACUAAUACUGUGUCUCAUAUAAUUUCCAGUCAUUCCGUUCAAUCAUAUAUUUGGUAA